CAAUACUAUAGAGGGUUUAUAGCUCUCGUCUUCACAUGGGGUUGUCAUGGGAAUAGUGCAGUAAACAACCGUACCGAGCGCUGCUGUCGCCAGGUUUUGUAUCCAGGUAAACCUUUAAAAGGCCUUUACAAUGAUGUUCAAACGACACAUGGUUGACGAGCACAAACCAGCGCCUGUAGUGACGACACCUAUGAUAAACCGAGCAGAGACACUGAAGAGAUUGAAAAAAGAGUUAAACUUCAAAAUUGUAAAACCAAUUGUUACGGUUCCAACAGUAGCUGACAAGAUUCUCCAUCAAAGUCGUCAGCCGCGUUCGCAGUAUUACUUCACGUCUGGAAGAAAAGUAGACCCUGACAAACUACAAGAAGUAGCGAGUGAAAGACCAGCCUAUAUACUUCCCAAUAUACCUCCUGUAGGGAUCCCAUACAGUGUGAUCAAACGAGCUGAAAAGGAAAAGCUAAAAGAAAAGGAAAAGCACUUGAGUGUAAUUGAUAAACCAUCUGGAAGGUCGAGGAUUAUGGAGAAUUUCACGGAGAGAGUGUAUGUCCCACCAAAUGAAAAGUUAAAGGUUAAAACAAAGAUGAAGAUGGACGAAGCAUAUCUUUCCGUUGUUAAGGGACGGCCAAUCAAGUGUAAAUUUUCAUUGAGAAGCUAUGUGGAAGAGAUUAGAGAAAUAUUACACACGAAAUUGAAGACUGGAUACCUUCAGGACGAAGUGUAUCUCAUCGACGAACAACACCGUAACGAAAAGAAGAGAAUCGAAGACCUGACAAAUCUCUUUAAAAACUAUUACACUUCCUUUAAAGAGUUUGAAGCCCAAGACCACGAAGAAUGGCUGCAAAUACGUAGAAAAGCAGACAGAAUGACUCGAGAAACCACGGAGAUGAGAGUGGAACUGAAAAGCCUUAUGAAAGAACUGAGUCAGAUUCGUUGCAAUCUUUACGUGCUUGAAGAGAAUUGGAGGAACUGUAAACUUUGCCAGUUGUUCUUACACCAAAUAAGCCCUCUCUCGUGGCAGAAAGAACAUCCCUUGACCGACAAAGAGGGCAACGAGAUAGAAAACAUCAACGAAAUGUUUGAUAGGUAUAAAUUGGACACUGAAGGAUCCGUGCAGUCUUUAAACGACCUGAUAGAAAUCUUCCAAGAGGACAUCGCUGCUGAAAAAGGACCUCCAGAAUUAUACUUCACUGAUCCAUGGCAGGUCAGAUUAGUGUUUAGAGAUAUGGAACUUCAACAUUUAAGCUCCCUUCUGAUCAUCGAGGGAAUCCGAAAACCGAAAGAUAUCAUGGUACAAGGAUUGAAAGACGUCAAAAAGUACUUCGACUCUGAAAUAGAAGCUAUUGAGGAGCAACUCGAGAUAGCUGAAAAGCAAAUUGGACAAGAGGAACAGAGGGCGAACAUGUUGGAAGAAGUUGCAAAGGACUUGCUCAACACAGAUUUGAAAGACUUAGUUUCUUCAGAGGCUGUUAUCCUAACACACGUUUACGUUGACCACGCCUACGAAGAAUGCGUAGCAGCCGGAGAAACUGACAUGACAACCCUUCAGACUCUAACAGCUUUGAAACUACUCUACGAAGAUCUCAUGAUGAAGUUGGACUCUCUUCCUAGUGAUAUCGUGAGAGAAGCUGAGGAGACUGUACACAGCAGGAAUGCCUUGGCUCUUGAGAAAGCACAUCAAGCGAGAAGACAAGUAGCCGUCUUGGACAAUCUGACGAGAAGUAUGAAACGAGCGCUUGACAAACCUUUCGUGAAGCACGGCAAGCCUCUAAUGUGGAGAUCUAAGCCACCCAGUCCGACCUUUAGACGACACAAACCCUCAGAAGAAUACUCGCCAAAGGAGUUGGAGUACUUGACACACUUCACAGACUAUUGCAAAUACGACGAUGAAGAAGCGGUCAAAUUGUUCUUUCCUCUGGGAACGUAAACAAGAUGAAAAUUAAUAUUCGAGUGUUGUUAAUUCUUUGGUAA